AUUCCCCAACUGGCUAUUCUCACCAAAAUUGAUGAAGCCUUUCCAGAGGUCAAAACCAAUAUAAAGAACGUGUACAUGAGCAAGUCCCUGAAGACAAGGAUGGAGGAAUUGAGUGUGUUGCUGGGUAUUCCACUGAACUGCAUCUUUCCUGUGAAGAACUACCACUCAGAGAUUUACACAGAUGAUGACAUUGAUACACUGAUACUGAGUGCACUGAGACAGAUGAUUGAUUUUGGAGAAGACUUUGUCAACAACCUGUAGACCUACAUGCCGCAGAGGAAAAUCUUGCUUUAUCAUAGCCUGAUCAAAGCAAGUUUGCAAACAAAAAUGUGUAGAAAUAAAGAAAUAAAGUAGGCAAUCUUGCGAAUUGAUUUUCAUUUGUAAGUAUAUAAUGUAUUUUGACUUAUAAUAUAACUUGUUCUGUAUUUUACCUUGCUGAAUAAAAUAUGAAUAUAGGCUUGAAACUUGCAGGUGCAUAAAGCAGACUAUUUUCUGCAAUAUUGCAUAUGCUUUGUUGAUUCAGGUAUUGGUAUGGAUUUAUGGUGUUGUAGUCUCUCAUUAAUCAUAAACUAAAUGAUUAGCAGGUCAAAAGGCAUCUAAAUGUCUAAGUUAAAACUGGGCUGAAUGUGGUUAAAACGUUCUGGUUACAUAUACUGAACCUGUUGUUCCAACAGCAUUUUCUGUUUCAAUGUUUGAACCUGUUUUAUAUCUAAUCAAUGUACUACAGUACUGCUGUUCAGGA